AUGGCGAGACCCCAAGAUACGGCUUUGGCCCGAUUCUAUGGCCUCCCUAAGGUGCACAAAGACGGCGCUCCUCUCCGACCCAUCGUGUCGCUCAAAGGGACUCCAACGUACGGACUGGCUAAGUGGCUGUUCCGGCGUCUCAAGUUCCUGACCGCUGAGUCAGACACCACGGUCUCUUCGUCAGCACAAUUCCUGGAGAAACUCAAAGGGGUAAGCAUCCAUCCAAAUGAGGUCAUGGUAUAUUUUGAUGUUACAUCCCUUUUUACUUCUAUUCCCCAGGACCUGGCGAUCGAGACAAUUGAACUGCUACUACAAAGCAAAUACGAUGAAACGGAGAACCGUCUUGGACACGCCAAAAUCCUUCAGCUCAUGAAGCUCUGUCUCAGGACGUACUUCACGUUCGACGGGACUAUCUACGAACAGGUGAAGGGCACACCAAUGGGUUCGCCGAUUUCGGGAUUCAUCGCCGAGGCGCUCCUGCAACGGUUAGAGUCGCUGGUCUUCCAACACCACAGACCGAAAUUCUGGGCCCGGUAUGUGGAUGAUACCUUCGUCGUCAUCGAACGGGAUCAGGUGUUGACAUUCCAAGAACAUCUCAACGCCGUCUUCCCGGACAUUCAAGUUACGAUGGAGGAGGAAGAGAACAACCAGCUGGCCUUCCUGGAUGUCCUCGUAUGCCGCAAGGAUUGUGGUGGACUAAAGACCAAAGUGUUCAGGAAAGCGACAAAUACGAUGCAAGUACUGAACUUCAACAGUAACCACCCAAUCAGCCACAAACGCAGUUGUGUAAGGACGCUCUAUCGGCGUGUCGAAACGCACUGCAGUGAGCCGGAAGACAAAAUUGCUGAACUACAAUACCUCCGAAGGGUCUUCAAAGCCAAUGGCUACCCGCGCAACUUCGUCGACCGGUGCAUACGUAAAAGGGACGAAAGGCCUAACCGCACGGACACCAAGUCUUGGCGGGCACUUCCGUAUGUCAAGAACGUUUCGGAAGCUGUCGGCCACCUUCUCGCACCACUUGGGGUUGGAGUGGCACACAGACCGGAGGCAACCAUCAGGCAUCUGAUUAUGAAACCGAAAGACCCACUGCCACGGCUAGAAACGUCUGGAGUCGUUUAUCGGAUCUGGUGCAGUUGCGGACAAAGCAACUACGUCGGAGAAACCGGAAGACAGCUCCGAACGAAAUGGCCGAACACGCGGCAGCGGUGCGCAGAACUGACGCCAGCUCUCAAGUUGCGGCUCAUUCGACGAGACCCGGCCACACAUUUAAAUUCGAUGAGGCCGAAAUUCUCGCAAGAGGUGACAACCGAGUGAGCCGAGAGCUACUGGAAUCAUGGUUUACUGGCCCCCAGUCCAUCAACAAGUGCAACGAUCUUCCCAUUCAAUACAGCGUGCUGAGACUUCGUCUAGGCGGAGUAAUUGGCCACGCGGGGAGCGCACUGGUGAACACUCUUCCCAACACCCGGGUCAACGCAUCAGAUGGUCGAGCAAUCAUCACGCCAACAUCCAACGCACGUGAUGAAAUUGCGGCAAUUAUCGACUCGAAUGUCGGCCAUCAAGCAAUGAUCACCCCAAGUGUGACAAUCCCGGAUGAAGGGGGAAGCCGUGAACGCUCAUAGGCAGGCGGUAGCAUGGCUGCUGCAUCCUAUAAAUACCGCAGCCCCUUGUGCAACAACCACCCGUUUCUGCUCUUUUGUCUCUGAUGAUGGAUUCGAGUAGGAAUCCGAAACGUCAGGCUAAUAAAGCUCUUGUCCCGGCGAUCGUGUCUCCUUCUUGAUCCGUAUUGUUAAAUUUACAAGCCGCAUUGGUAAAUGCAGAUACACGACGAUUUACGAAAUGCCAUUUCCCUGUAUUUAAACGUCCAACAAUUAGAAACUUUUCGAAAACCGAAUUGUGAUCCUUUCUUUGAGCAUAGAGUUAGAAAAAAAACGUAAUUUUCUACAGCAUGAACGAAACAAUAAAUUUUUUUAUGCAUUUUUCUAAAAAUAUAAUUGGAAUUUUAGAGGCAUAAAUAAUAAACGAGAAAAAUUCAUACUACGUGAAUAGUCAUUUUUUACGGAGUUGAGUUUUUUGCAUGCAGCCGGAAGGAAGUUCACUUGAAAGCCGGCGCUUUGAUGUAACUGAACUAUUAUAGGAUUAUGUUGCAGGCUGACCAGUUUCACAACGCUACUUGAUCAGUCUUUUCGAAACGAAAACUCACUCCGGAAUUUUGGUUGACAUUUCGUCAGUUAGUCCGCCCACUGUAUGUCCGGGCCUAUGACAAAGCCGCUCUUUGGAGCGAGCACCUGAUUCUGAUUAUUUUCAGCAUCUGAAACGCGCUCAAACCCGACAUGGUAUUCUUCAACGCCAAAACUGUUAACAGCACAGAGAAUUUUGGGCUUCUUGGAGCCUAACCGAUUGUAACAAACAAGGGCUAAUCUCCGAGCAGUUCUCUCCACGCAUUGAAGCCAGUAUACCUUAAUUGCUAACCAGUUCUCGUGAGCUUAACCAUUACUAUAUGGACGAUAGGAGUCGCAACGUAAAGCCGGGGUGUCUGUUUCCUUAUUGUAAUUAAUAGUAAUCAGUCAAGACCACACCCGCGCCACAUGCCUUCAUUUUGAAAACACAACUACCAUUCGGUGAAAAUGGUUUGUUGAGGUGGAGCAGAGAAAGAUUUCCGCCCACGGCACCUUUUAAAACGCGAAAUGUGCCUUCCGGCUGUGGUAAAAGAAUCGUAGGCCUCACGCCGACUUCUUCACCAACAUGCUGAGGAAGAUGCGCUAUUUUAUGAAAUGUCGGCCAAAAUUCUGGAAUAUGUCUCAGGUUAGAAAAGAUUGUUUAAUUUGUGUCGUGUGAUUAACCGUCGCACAGCACAAUUACAAAAUAUUUCAGUCACACAAGAAUGCCGGAUUUCGAACGGCCUCCUUUUCGACCACUUCCAAAAACUGCGUUAUGCAAUUAUUGACUACUUCUGUAGUAUGCAUUUUUCCCUAUUGACUUUUUUGCAUUUUCUCAUAUCAGCAGUUAAUGUCACCUUUAGUUCACACCGACGUUUCUUCUAUGCCACUCCAGGGCGGACAAAAUGUCCAAACGUCAGCCUGACAAUCUGUGGAUGGAGAAGUCAUGGAAAACUUGUUCACUGGCAUUAGAAACUUGAAAUUUAAAUAGGACUACCUACAAUCGAGGGCAUAUCUAAGUCGGCCUUGAAGAUGAUUGGCCGGUUUGCAUGACAGUGAUUGGUCGAAAAACAGACUGCCACUGGCACGCACAUGCGAGUACGCGUGGUGGCGCAUUGUUAGUUUCUAACUUCAGCCUCAUGUGUUUCACAACCGUAUGUUCUGGACUCGUUGUUACCGCAAGGUCGCACCUCCCUCAAAGGCGGACCUACACCUUGGGAAACAUUAGCAAAGAUCGAAGAAGACAAAGCCUCGAUACGGUCAUUACGGAGUCUCCGCCCAAAGGGAGGCGCUGUUCUAUGUGAGAUGAGGGAAGUGUGUAUGAGGAUGUCAUGGUGAAUUUUAUCAAUGAUAACCCAAGUCUACACCUCCGAGAUAUCUACUGUCUUGAUAGCCGUACAUUAAAUUCACUGAGGGCGAAAAAACCUGAAUGCAGCAAUACUUCCCAUAAAAAUUUACUGGUUGAUGGGAACACACCGUGUCUGCCAAAUACUCUCAUGAGCAUUCGGCAUACAUCACUGCACCAAUGUUUGUGCCGGAAUUCUGAUAUGUUAAGUUCUUCCUCGACAAGAAAAUCUGCACAAAAUGAACUUAUUUGUUCAAUAGGUUGACUACAUUUGGAAGGUUAGAUUAGUAUUCACUAGAUUGAUGCUUCUUGGGACGAAUACCCAACAGAAUAACGUCGACAAUGCAGUUCCUACUUCGCAAUUAGUGAGUAUUCAGUGGUCCAUUUUUCUGUGGUAACGCGGGUGCUUUUUGGCAAAAGACUGAAUGUUAAUGCUCUUCGACAAAAAUCCGGAUCCAAGGGGCUUUGGGAUGAUUUGCCAAAGCUUGCUUAAAUGACAGCCAGUUGAGCUGGUCCUUCACACGGUGUCGCCUCUCCGAACGGCUAAUGAAAAAGCACGUGGCACAACUCACGGCAACUCAGCCUAUUAUUGGCUAGCUUCACCUCUAUAUACAACAACAAUUGCCAAAAAACAGUGAAUCACGAGACCACCAAUGAGAUGCAUUCAUCGGCACUGGUCCUACUGGUUUGCCUGACAGCAGCUUCUGGCUGCAGUUCAAACGUCGGUAAGACGACUUGUGCGCCCAAUCUCUCGCUCAUUUUUCUGUUGACAGCUGAUGUUUCUCUUGGUGCACACUGACGCUUGCUUCUUCCUUUCAUGCCGCAUCAGAGAUGUGGAGGUGUCCGAAGACACAUGGACGAGUGAUAAUUGAAGAUAUUGCGCAGAGUCUUGUCAGUGAGGCCAAGCACUUGUACUUCGAGGAAGUCUAUGAUGAGGCCAGUCGCACAGAAUUUACGCUGAGUAUCGUCAGGAUGAAGGCAAGGCCUGAUUGCGUCGUUCUUGGUAACCUGGCGUCCUACAGGGUGUUAUUCUGUUCCAUCCACACUCAAAGCGUUAACAUCCUUCUGGCACGAAGGCACGUUUCAUGGGUACAUGCAUGUGCAUGUUAACCCGAGCACCAAUUUGGGUUGUCUGGAAUUUAUUUCCUCAUUUAUCUGUAUUUGAAUAUGUAACGCAUGAGCUAUGCAUUGGUCGUCUUCCACAGACGCAAUUAACUUGAUCCUCUGGCAUUUUAGGGAAUUGGGAUGGAUGCGUGUUGGGCAUCGAUUGCCGCAGGACAGUAUCAACUGCAGUCUUCCAGCGGCCACAUUUGCGGCAGUGAUACACGAGCCGUACUGGAGACUUCCUAGUUCCUCGCCACUUGUGGUAACACUCGCUAAACUGGGCAUUCGGAAUAUCACCGCCAAGGUUGCCGAAGCCGCUUUGUUCAAUAUUGGCCCAUGUCCAACACCAUGGCAACUGGACGUUUUAAAGGACACUGAGAGACUUUACAGACAGGCGCUUCUCGGGAAGGGGGCAGUGCAAUGUCAGAUUGAGCAGGAUGAGUAAAAUCUCGCACGGAAUUGAUUCACUUUUAUCUAAAGUAAAUAUAUAAUGCGCAACGACAUGAAUUUUGGACUUCUAAUGACAGUUGGUGGCAUGGUGGCAAGUGGUUUGGGGUGCUAUGAAGCCGGCUUGAGACCCUUUUCGUACAGACGUUUUAAAUGCUUCAAAGUGAGAUGCGAAAAUGAGAAUCUUCUCCACGUAAUGCAGUUGGCGGUGGGCUAAAUUGCAGGGUUUCGGCGUCCUAAUCCUUAACCCUAACUCCAACUCUAACCGUGAUCCUGAGCUUCCUCGUAUUUGAUAAAUACCGCCUCUGAUAUAUGUUGGUUUAUUACAUCACCCUCAUGUUUUUCACAACCGUAUGUUCUGGACUCGUUGUUGUCGCCAGAUCGUGCCUCCCUCGAAGGCAGGCCUACACCUUGGGCAGCAUUUGCAAAGAUCGAACAAGGUGAGAUCGUGGCGAAUAGGGUGGGCGUGACACCUGUAGGACUGCGUCAGCCAGUUGAGGCAAUCGGAGCAGGCGUUGGUGUUGAGGUGGCUGUUGACUGUGGGCAGAUAGCAGCGAGGCGACUAAUAUUAGCACUAUGCCAACGUCUGAACAAAUAAACGGUAAGAUCGCAGUUGGUAACCAGACACUACACGUUGAUACAGUCGACGUACGUACUUGUUAUCAGUAGGUGUGCUUGCCUUGUUAUUAGUAGGUGUGCUCUUACUGAGUUAGGCAGGUCGCCUGUUUCAGUCAGGUUGUUGGGUUUGGUGAGGGUUAAGGUUAGGCGUAAGUUAAGUUUCAGGAUUAGGGUUUGCGCUUUAGGGUCAGAUUUUAGUGUUAGGUUUAAGGUUAGUGUUACGGUUAAGGUGAAGGUCAAGUUUAGUGUUAGGGUUAUGUCUAGCUUUUGGAUUAGCGUUGGGUUUUAGGAUUUCGGUUACGGUUCGGUUUUGAGGCUUAUGGUUAGGCUUUACGGUCGCUCUUAGGGUUGAAUUUUAGGAUUAAGCGUAGAGUUUAAAUUUCUGCCAUUAUUCCACCUACUUAAAACCUCCCAGCACUUUCCCUGUUAACUCUAAUUUUACCCAGAAUAUCCAGCAUUCCUCUUCCAGCCCUUCCAUUUACCCCACCCAUAUGACCCCGUUUCCCGCCAUUCUCGUAAGACAGUGACCUGGCUGUCCGCCUCCCGAUUCCUGGCUACCAACUGCGAUCUGACCUACGCCCAGUCAGUUCUAAUCGCCACAUUCGGGGCAUCUGGCCAGCACUUUCAAACAUUCUGCAUGACAGAGGAGUGGACACAUUACAGGAUGGUAGGAGGUCAAAGUCUGCAUUCAAUCGAUAACUGCGGUUUGGCAUUUUCCCACAAGGAAACUGAUGACUGCCGAUGUAUUCUAACGGACAUGUAAGUAUUGAGACCUGUAGGUAAAUUGACGGGAAUACUUGUUUUGCGUGAGCGGACAUAGCGUCGCCAUUCAGGAGGAAGUUGACUUUUAGAGAAUAAGCAGGGCGUUUGCAUGUAUACACGUUUGCCUUCAGAGAGCAACAUUUCGGAAUUUCUAAACUCCGCAAUGGUUUAGCUGGUCGGGUGACCUGUCUGGUCAGUGGGACUAAGGUCGUUUGUGGUUGUGCGCUGUGUGAUAUUUGGCCAAUUAAAACAACUGUUGGCUGCAACCCUCGUGGCCAUGCCUGAUGGUCCUUUUAAAGGUCCCCUUGUCUCAAGGUCAUUCGCUUUCGCAGCGAGCAAGGUGGGGAUAGGAUGUGCGAAUCCACUGGGUUUAAUAUGUAUCGUUAAUUAUGACACUUGUUUUACUACAGGAAUGUACUCGAGAUUCCUUUUGUUGCGACUACCUACGCCGUGACUUGUUUGCUUUUUCAAAAAGGUCAACGGCGUAGAGAAGGACCCCACUCAGCUGUCAGUAGAUUGUGGAUCGUGUCGUAUUGGGUUUUUUCUUGACAUACAGUUGCAACCUGUUGGAAAAAUUACACUGACAACAACGAUUACUUCACAGGACCUCACGCCUAAACUCAAAAUCCGUUACUUUGUGAAGUUUGCAUUUUGUUUAUUGUUUCCUUACUAAUCUCAUCUUCGUUGUCGAACACUAGCGUAGGGAAAGACUGUCGACAUGAAUCCAGGCAGUUUCUGUGUUUUCCUGCAUUUUGUCAACUUACUGUCUAGCGUGCUGCCCCACCCAUAAAACUCCCUUUACCAUAAACCACAUAUGGCAUGACCCGUUAAGUGGGGCCCUCCUCUAUACCGUUGUCUCAAAAAGACCAGAUUAACCUUUUUGUACCAUGUCGGCACUCACCAUCCAACGCGUGCAUCGUCGGCUGCAUUUUGAUUUACUCUGUCCGGGUAAAACCCUAACGUUCGGCUUUCUCGAAUCCCCAGACGGUUUCUGUUCCAUGAAUACUUGUGCCUGGUACUUCGUGUAACCAAAAUUAAGACCUUUAAACUUAUUUGAGUCUAUGCGCAAAAAUUUGCUCACAUUUGAUUGUUAAAUUGUCUAUAGGAUGGAGUCCUUCAGGUUCCUUGUUCGGGAAGCUGUUGCACCGGAGAUGCUUGCGCAAUAUUCGACAGGAAUUUAUCCUAACCUUGCUUUAUGUCGACGCUGUCUAAGAAAAACCACAGACGAUGUUAAACCUCGUCUGCAUGGACCGAUUUUGCGCGACCCGUCAUCGCUCCUUCUUCGUGCAGUUAAAGUUUCAGUCUAUUCCAAUAGGCUAUAAUCGCAUUGGUGUGUUUUCUCGUGAUGAUUGACUGUAAAGUUCCUUACGUUGGUGCAUUUGGCGUCCAAGUUGGCCUUUUGCAACACUAGGUUGUAGUCCACUUGUUCGGCAGUAUUCCACCACCUUCUCCGAGUUUAUAGCAUCGACUAUUUCUCUUGCCUUCCUUGACAGACCAAGCUGCAACUGUAUGACUUUUCUUCGACAUAGAAAAAGGCAUUCUUGCCCAUUCUGUUUAUUUACUUAUUUCCUUUAUAUAUUUAUGCAUUUUUUAUAAUAUUUAUAAGUCACUUUAUUGUGCAUAUACAACAUAGGCGCUCAUGCUGACGUUAUUUGACUUCGUUUUUGUAUGGAGCAUUUGCAUGGCUUCUCUAGUGGCUUCUCAGCAUAUUUUCACAGCUGUCCUAUUUGGUGGUAGUUGUUAUUUGUCCUCGUUGAUUUUUUGUUAUAUUGGUUCCUGACCUGCUUCAAAUUUGCAAGUGCCACUUUAUUCAAAUAUGCUUUAUUUAUUGGAGGUCGGUUUUAGUUAUUUUCUUAAGUAACGCGCUCAGUUUCGUCGCUGUGUAUAUAAAUAUAUAUCAGCAAGGAGGGACGACAGAGAAUGCGGGUAGAUUGAUGCAGCACUGUUUCGGUCUUAUUCUGCCUUCAUUCAGCCAAUCAUUCAGCCAUUCCUGAUUGAUAAAUAUAUAUAUAUAUAUAUAUAUAUAGGUCUACCACUAGUCGCUGUGCGACUGCCUGCGAGGGUUUAAGUAUGAGCCCCAAGGCACAACGGAACGAGCAUGUUCCGUAACCUGAUCGGUGAGCGCCUUCUAUCCUAAUUAAUAUUCCCGAUCACAACCGACCGGACAACGGGCCCGUGGCUCAAUGGUAGAGCGUUCAACUCCAUGACCAAAGAUCCCGGGUUCGAAUCUCAAGUGAUCCACACUUGAGGUUGGGUAUGACUGGCUGAUGACGGCCAAUAAGCCAGAAAUGGCCAUUCCGGUCACCCUUGUCUUUGUCGGCUCCAUCUUCUCAACGUAUAUCUCUAGUCGCUGUGCAACUGCCUGCGAGGGUUUAAGUAUGAGCCCCAAGGCGCAACAGAACGAGCAUGUUCUGUAACCUGACCGGUGAGCGCCCAUCUCUCAUUAAUAUAUAUAUAUAUAUAUAUACAUAAGCGUAGGUGUAGAGUUCCAACGAAAACCUAAUUGUUGUUUAUGUUCUAUUCCAUUUAAUUUGUUUUCCGUCCGAAGUGGUACUCCACCCUUAAAACCCCUAUUACUGUCAUCCCUCUAUCGCAGGGCCUUGGGUCGCUAGUUGUGAGGUGGGUUUACACAACCUACAGUUGCCGCGAGCGGUUCCAGCCGCGGUUACUUGCAUCUACUCGACCGGCUUCAACUCGGACUUAGAGUCAUGGCUGCUCGUGCGUUAACAUAACAUUCCAUCCCCUCAAAAUGGGACAGAAGCCUCGGCAAAUGCAACACAAAAAAUAGAUUGGACACCACUUGAGCUUGCCACACAAGCCUAUAAAAGCAGCUGACACCACUGUCUCAGUCUGUCAGGUGUGACUGGACGCAAUCAGCACCAGCCCCGGCUUUGAGAUCGAAAUAUGGCCGGAUGAUUUCAGCGCUCUGAGAGCACUUUCGCCGCCUAGACGCUACAUCUAAAAUAACUAUCAAAUGCUCAUUUCGAAGAAAAUGCGUUCUUACCCUAUACACUUGAGGGGCUGUUAGACUGUUGACCCUGCUCCGAACGCUUUUGCCAACCAGCCACAAAAUGCUCCUUUGCUUGCGAUAAAUGGAAAUUUUUUCUCCUAUCUGACCUUUCUGUCGCAGUGUUUGAGUUUGAACCAGAAUCCGCACGAUAACAUAUCGUUCAUGUGCCUGAAAAUCCGGCUAACUUUAAAAGACGAAGGCGAUAACGACGAAGAUGAAGAAGAAUCCGAUUAUGGGGAUGUCCCAUGCAGUCCUAUUCGAUGGAUUCAAAAGUUGUACUGUCUAGCAAGAAAGUGCACUUAGCGCCAAUCAUUUGCAAUUUCUGGCUGCUCUUUUGUUUGUAGCCUCGAUUUACAGUAUGGUGAGGGAUCCUUCACCAGUUCAUCUAUACGAAAGUUCAUUAAACUUGUUUCUGGCGAUUUUCAGUCAUUAGGACCGCCGACGGUGUUCUGACACGGGAUUCGGGUAGGUGAGGGAGAGGAGAGUGCGUUGGAUGCAGCGAAAGUCUCCUACCAUCCGUACGCUCGCCAUGUUCUGGGACACACGAUGAACAUCAUGGUUCGCAAUGGUCGAACUCUGAAUAGCCAACCUUUGCUUCUACUACUUUGAGGAAUGUGACAGAGCAGCUUUUCGCAGGCAGAAACUCGAAAGCAUAGUUUUCAUUCUUUCUAUAUCUGCGAGACCUCUAGCCUGAACAAAACAACGAAGCAGAGGCUUGGUUAGACCGUGCGUGGGCGUCUUUUCUAAUUUAGGACCUCUAAUUCACUUUGGCGACAGGACCUUGAAAGAAGUCCUUGGCCUAGGACGCCGCACAGUGAACGCAAUGACACCAGACUCCUUGCUCUGCGAGUUCUGUCACUCAAACCGCCCGACAUGCGUGUGGUUAGAUUUGGUCCUUUCGUUGUUCUAGCUGCGUGCGAUGUGCAGCGAGUUUUGGGCAUACCAUGGCAACUCACAUACAUGUGGAAUCAACCUGAACCCUCUGGCUCCAAUGCUUAUGGUUACCGUCCUGUCUAUUACUCCCGGAAUGUAUGACUGGGUCAACUCACUGAACGCCCACGCCUCGAAACAGGACGAGCAUGUUUGAUCUCCGCGCUGCUUUGUAUAAUUGAUGUUCCAUUUCAUGAAAUGCUUACCAAAAUUCUGAAAUGUGUUUCAGGUUAGAAAAGAUUAAGUGAGUUGUGUCAAAAGACUGAAUUUUGCGCGGAAAAAUAACAGGAUGUUUCAGUCAUGUAAGGACGCCGGUAUUUGAACGGACUUCUUUGCGACCGCUUGCAAAGGUUGUAACAUGUAUUUAUUGGCUAUUUACAGUAGGCGGACCAACUCAUGAAAUCCCAACAGAAAUUCCGAAAUGCGUUUCCGUUUUGAAAAGAGUGAGUAAGUAGGGUUGUAAAAUCAAUCAUCACGCAGCAUGAUUCUAUAAUAAUUCAGUUAUCUGGGAUACCGGCUUCCAGAGGAACUUCUUUCCGAACGCAUCCAAAAACCAAACCCUGUAAAAAAUGACGGCCCCUUUCUCUCCCGUCGCCCACGAGAGCGUGCACACCGAACACGGCUUAACUAAGGGAUGACGAACCAGACGCCUAGAAGUUGGAACGGAUUAUCUCUCAGCUUCGAAAGUAUCAUCCAACACCCAGUAGUAGCUCCCUCUGUGGGAUAUUCGCUGACCUGAUUUGACAAUGACAGAAGAUUAACUGGCUAGAUCGCAGUGGGUAGCCAGGAAUGGGAAGCUGACGGCGACCUUAACCCUAAUCCUAACCCUAACCUCAAACCUUAAAGGUUAACCGUUAGCCCUAACCGCAACCUUAACCCAAAUCCUAACCGAAAUCGUAAACGUAACCGCAGCCUACAGACAUAGGCGUAACUGGGAAACCUAACCGGAAUACGGUAACCUAUUCGUAAGCUCAAAACCUCAACCGUAACCCGGAAACCUAAGCCUGAAGGCGUAAACCUAAUCCGAAAAUCGGCAAACAUUAACCGGUGCCCCAAUCCUAACCUCAAACGUAAAACGGAAGCCAAAUAGGUCAGAUGUGAUUAUGGAGCCCCACAAAAUAACCCCAGUAAAAAACCCCUAGCUACCUGUAAUACAGGGCCUGGGUACCAACGGCGAUCUGGCCAAAAUGACUACUUGUAUAACAUGUAUUUUUCUCAUUGAUUUUCAACGUCCUUAGACGUUUAUUUCUAUGUUAUAUAUAACCUACCCACAAAUACUCAUCCUUUUGCACAUUCGGUAGAAAAUUACGUCAUCUUCCAGUUUCAUACUCAAAGGAAGGGUAUGAUUCGGUUUUCCAAAACGUUUCCAAUUCCUGAGUAAUUUUGAACCCGAACUGCCGCUGCACUUGCAUUCGGGGUUUUCAAACUACAAGCCGUAUAUUUUCCGCUUAUAGAAAACCAUCCAUUUCUCUACGAUAUUACGAGAGUACCAUAUGAGCUUAAUGAAAUUUAGCAGUGGAUUUAAGCCAUUUUCUAAACUUUACAAGCCACAUUAGUGUGUGCAGAGACUGGGCAUUUUAUGAACGGUCACUUCACGGUAUUAAAAAAUCUCACAGACCAUAAACUCUUUUCCUCUAGUGCUUAUGGUUAUCAUAUUGUCACUUACUCCCGGAAUGUAUGACUGGGUCGCCUCACUGAACGCCCACGCCUCAAAACAGGACGCGCAUGUUUGAUCUCCGCGCUGCUUUGUACAAUAGAUGUGCUAUUUCAUGAAAUGUAAACCAAAAUUCUGAAAUGCAUCUCCGGUUAUAAAAGGUUACGUAGGUAGUGUCGUAGCACUGAAUGUCGCUCAACGCACUUACAAGAUGUUUCAGUCUUGCAAGGAUGCCACAUUUCGAAAGGACUUCUUUCCGGCCGCUAGAAAAAUUUCCCUAUGCAAUUAUAGAUACCCGUGAAGUCCACGAAGGUUAUAUGAAAGUCUAGGUUCCAGUUGCCGAACUCGUUCUGUGGUGAUUGCUGAGGAGUAACUACAAUGGCAUGGUCAGUACUCUAGAAAGGCGGAUCAACAGUAUUCGCAGUAAUAUUUGAAAUGUGAGAUGUGAUUGGUCAUCACGUAAAGCUUUUGCCUGAAGUGAGCCAAUGGUUGGAACCUCUCGGUGCUGAAAUGCCCGUCUAUUACAUCAAGACUCCCACGUCUACCAGGUCUUCUUCCAUCCAUGCGCAUUCAGGGCAUUCAGGGAUUUUCUCCUAGUCUUAGAAGGAUUUAAUUUCAAUAGAAUUUCUUGUCUGAUGCGUAGAGUUAAAAAGUUAUCUUUCCCUGGCGAGAUUGAUUUGACAAAUGAUUAGCAGAAGAGACGUUUUAAGUUUACUCUGGGUGUCCAAUAUCCACUGGCUUCUAUCCUUGUCGAAUUACCGGCUAGAUAAGUUUGCACAUUUUCUUACCAGUUAAAUGACAGCUGAUGACGGCUCCUGAGCCAGAAAUGAUCAUUCCUGUCUCCCUUGACUUUGUCAUUAAUGACAUUUCGCAAUAGUUCCUAAGUCCCAAUAGUCCUUCCAUGCAUUUAAAACACUGGAUUUCCACCUCCGACUGCCCUGAUCCCCGAUCUAUUUAUUCAAUUCCACUAUUAUUAAAUAUUGGAUAAAAGGGAUUCGACAGGGGAAUGCGGACUCCGGUAUUGCAGAUGGCCUUGUGCUAGGCUCUUGUGGACUGUCUAUUCCUAUGUCCCAACCUUAACCCUAACCCAUACCUGAAUCGCCCAAACCCUAAGUCUAACACCCCCUUGCUCCUGAAAUUUGGUGUAUGGCAGUAAUUGGGGGCGGUCCCCAUUCUCAUGCCCUACCGACGACAGAUCAUUAACCGUCAGCUGACACGCAGCGACUCCCCUCUCCCCUCCCUUUCCUGCCGAAAAAUUUGACCGCAAGAAUGUUUUACGAUCGUUUUGCAGGGGUCCUAUGCACACGAGAGAAAUCCCAUUCGUCUGUGGUGUUCGGCCAAUCAGUGCAGCCAUCCAAACUGGCCAAUCAACCGCAAGGCUGGUGCGAAUGCCCUGACAACUGAACGCCAACCCAGCGUGUCCGUACGCUGUCGCCUCGCAUGUCUGAUUGCUCGUCUGCUGUGAUUACUCUUUCAUUGAAUCCAACCAGAUUCCCACUAUCGCUUUUUCUGGGAAGUUGUUUUAGGGUCUGUAUUCUAUGUGAGAUCUGUUCUUAGUUUCGGAGUGUGUAGGGCUGUCCAGAAUUCAGGUGAAAGUGUAACGUCUGAACAAUGAGCGUACUGUGUGCACUACAAUCAUCAGGCUAAAUCUCCAGUUACAGGGGAUGACAGAAGGCACCAGAAUGAGGAUUUUGUUGUUGGAUAAGGAAGCCCGAGUUGUUGUCUCAGACAGCAGCGGCUACUGACGUGGCGGAGGUUGUUUGAUCGUGCCUGAGAGAUAUUAGGACGAAUGAUGGCAACUGCUUCUGUAAGUUCACGGGGAACAAGCUCAAGUGUUUUCCAGUUGGUUCGGUGCCUAAGUUGAGGCGUGGUGUGUUAAGGUGGCGAACGGACAGCUGCGACCGUGUACGUGUGUCCGAGCCGACGUCGACCGAGUGACUGCAGAUCGGCGCGUCUGGAGUCGUCCGCUGCGAAGGCGAAUGACUUUGAGGUAGCGGGACCCUGAACAAGGACGCCGUAUACGACAAUAAUGGUUGUCAGCAAAAAGGCAACGGCUGAGCACAACGUAUCGUCUAGGACUACCCGACAUCAACCUAGAUGUCUUUCGAAAUUAGCGCACUUUACAAUGCUGUACCUACUACGACGAUCUGAUCCACAAAUUGUCAUCUGGAUUUAGGUUUUCAUUCAUGUGGCAAUCGCUGCAGAAGUUAUGAUCCUGAUCCGGGACUGUUCCAUGUUUUAAGGGGAUAUAACGCUCUGGCACGGAGAAUGCACAUGAAGAGCCUUUUGUCGACAAGGCAAAACUUACCAAAUACUACCCCGCUUAAGUCAUGUAGGAGUCCUAUUGUCUAUCUUGUAUUUGUAAUCGAUCACUCGUGAAUUUGUAACUGUAGUAUUGAUUAUAAAGUAUACAGGACAACUUAUAAAAUGCAAUAACCUGUAAGCAUGGUUCUUGAAAUAACUCCCGAGAUUUUCAGUCUUGCGGGCUUUUCGAGACUUCUGAUCAUCUGGCAGUUGAGGAGGUUGGUUGAUGCCCUGCACAGAGCGCAUUUUCUGCAUCACUGACCUGCCAGCACUUUAGUUAUGCCUCACUGGAGACAAGGCCUUAAGAGGUGAAGCCGUCGUGGGAGUCAGUUCAGCACAGUCAGUGAAGCGACAGCCGACUCCUCAUACUGCAGACUCUGCCACUCACGUCUGCCGACUUGUGUGCGGUUACAGUUUGUCCUUUUAUUGUCCUGGCAGGUUAUGGUAUUUCACAUACCGGGGGUGCGGAGGCUCAUCUCCGAGCUCUACUGCUCUGCGGCUGUCGCGCGUACUGGCAUGUGCGUGCCAGUGGCAGUCUGUUUCUCGACCAAUCACUGUCAUACAAGCCGGCCAAUCAUCUUCAAGGUCGACUUAGACAUGCCCUUUGCACAAGCAAUCCUGACACCUGUCAUAUUGCCACUCGGACUGUGUUUCUACCUCCGGAUGCCAACUCCGUUCACCCUAUUCUCUAGUUUUUCUGCAUGGAGUAAAAUGUUCUAUCUACUGUCGUCCUACUUGUCCUGGUUUUAUUCGGGACCUGAAGUUCGUAGUGUUUGGUGUCUACCCACUACCUACUCCGCCGCGACGCAACUGAAUCCGAUGGCCAAAGUCAAACAGUCUCCGUCUUAAUAAAAGUGAAGAGGCGGGUUCCAGAUGGCAGUCGUGAAGAGGGAGACAUGAUCGCUGAGACAAGAGCUUUAUUGGCCUGCGUUUCGGAUUCCUGCUUGAGUCCAUCAUCAAAGACAACGGCAGAUACGUGGGGUUCAUGCACAAGGGACUACAGUAUUUAUAGGACAUUGCACAAACUCCCUCGGCAAUCGCGUUGAUGUGGCUCUAAUCGACCGUUUGAGGGUGGCUCACACCCAACUCCCCUUCACCCACCCAGAAAGGCCAGUCUUCUACGUCCGCCACAGUGCCUCCUGUGAUCUCCCCGCCCCCGUUUACACAUUACACAAACUUGCAUAUUCUCCUACCCUUCCAUGCAACUGCAUCUCCGGCGUGCAGGGGAUCUUGCGUCACUUUUCUAUGAUCAUACCUAAGCUGUGCAUUACGCCUGGUAAUUUUUUAGCGUUGAGAUUGAAAUCCAUUCUUGCAGGAGUGGCAGUAUUGUAGCAACAUAAGGACUUUUGUUUUAAUUCACCUGUGACUUUUGUUUAAGUGGGGUAAAUGGCCUUUGAGCCUUGGCACCAUUUCGAUUCAGCCCCCACCUACGCCCUCCCCCAAGCCUCGCCUCGUGACUGGCUUGUCCUUUCUAAUUGGACUGGCGUCAAUACCCUUCUCCCCUCCCGGAUAACCAUUUAUGCGUAUCGUGUGAUAGGUCUGUGUCAAUGCUACACACUCCUAAAUGACCUUUUUGAUGUGCCUAGCAAUAAAUGCGUGGUGGAGAGACUGGUAAGUUCAGUGAGAAAUUAUUCAGUGUGGCAUGUCUAAUGUUUCUUCAUUCGCCCUGGCCAAUUAAGCCGUCUUUGUAAGCGGCACAUUCCCGCGAGUGACGUCGAACUGCCUACAGAACUAGCACGAAGUUGGUUUAGUAUGUAGCUACGCCGUAAGCGAUAUAACCUGAAAAUGAACUCUCUACUAAAAAUUGAUCAAUUUAUUUGGCGGGUAUUGUUCCGAGGUGAGCCUGAUGUUUGUGGAAAUCCCAGCAAAAGGCCCCAUUGGUAGCUAAUCUCUGCAAGUAACUAUUGCAUGUAGAUAUAUAAGAGCAUUUGGGGAGACCGUAUAUUUACUGCUUGCCGUAUCCAUAACAAACAAUUGUGGAAUGCCUGGCUUGAAGUACAAAGCUGACAGUCGAACAAGCACUCUUGAAUGAACAUUGAAAUUUAGAUAAAACAUAUAGACAAAAAGGCAGCUCAGGCACAUCAACAGAUAUCAGCAGGUCAACACCUAAGUGGUUUGUUUAAUAAGAUCCUCCACUUCGGGUAGUGAAAGAUUCGAAUUACUUUUUCUGUUCUAUCCGACAUUGCAUUGGUCCUCUGCCGAUAAAGGCCUUCCUGAAAAUUGGGUCGAUAUACUCCAUAACAUCAAGCAGCCAUUGCGUUGGCUGUUGACCAAUGAGAGGUUGCGUGAUAGCGUCAACCUCUGCUGUGAUAUUCCGAAUGCCCAGUUUAGUAAGAUUUACUAUGUGCGAUGAAGAACUUGAUAGCAUCCAAUACGGUUCAUGUAUCACUGCUUCAAGUGUGACGGUUGGAAGGAUAAAGGGAAAACUUUCUGUCGUAUUCGAUGGCCUAUAUUCGCCUCUAGUUGCUUCCUGAAGUAUCAGAUAAUUAGGUGAAUUGUCGACGACCACUAAAUUUCAUACGGCUUGCAAUUUAGACUACGAUUAGAUUUAUAAAUAAUUGAUAACUACCGGCAGAUAGCAUGGAUUAUGGAGCAAGUAAGUGUUGUUAUCUGCAGCCAGUGGCCGUUUAAUUUCUAAGGAAAUUAAAAAGUUGCAAUCUCAGAACUGAAUUAUCUGUCAAAAAGCACCCAGGAGACGCCGGGGGACCCGCUGAUAAACUAAUUCCCCGGCAGAUGUUUCACAAGUCGGCAGAACAUCGGCGAAACACGUGUCUGGGCUUUUAGCUAGUACGUAAACUCUCAAGUAUGUUAUCUCGUGCUGCCUGAUUGUAGUUUAUGAAUGUUACGCGGUUAAUCCGCAGUGAUAUAACGUGAAAAUGAACCCUCCACUAAAAAUUGGCCGAUUGAUUUGGAGAGUAUUAUUCCUUAAACUUUAAACUUGAAGAAAAGGUAGCUUUUGUUUUCAAAAUCUUUUAAUUGCGAGACUUUUAAGGUCGUGAAAUGUCCAAACAUGAGAUUAUACAUGCUGCGUGUUCAUGUGUUUCACGUUCAUCGAGGAAUUUCAUGAGCCCUAUCUAGCGUUCUCUUAAGUAGAAAACUUAUAAGAGAACGUUUUUGGUUUGCUCAAAAGUACAUUGAUCACAGACUUUCGUUCCGAAAAAGCAUUUACUUUUAUGAUGAGGUCUUAUUUUUGGACAGGCUUCCGAAUUCAACCCAAGUGGUCAUUUGUGGGAAGAACUUUCCACGACAGCACGCCAUAUCGACAUCAACUUUCAAGAACUGUCGACACCUGAUGGUUUGGAUGGCCCUCAAAUUGGGAGAGCGACUGGUGUGGCGGUCAGAGGCAGAGAGGAUAAAUGGCGAGGUGUUCGUCGACAUCGUAAAGAAUGCCUUCAGUUACAACGGCAUUCAUUGACAUCUCAUGGACACCGUAAUGUUGCAGGAUAAUGCCCCUGUCCACCACUCAAAGGAUGUAUGAUUCCAAUUUAGCUUACUACUAUAAUCAAAUAAGUUAGACCACAAGCGGCCUCUCCGUCUGCGGCCUCAGAAGCAAUUUUAUUCCCACCAGAAGCCUGGACCUAAAUCCUAUCGAAAAUCAUUUUUCAAUUAUCAAAAAAUUGGGACAAGACAAGAAAACAUCUUUCUGUGAAGCGAAAGUCGGAAUUUAUGCUUAAAAAUUACAUAGACCAAACCAACUUAGACAAAUUGGUAAUCUCCAUGCUCUCUCGCCUUACAGCACCUUUAAAAACUAAAGGGCAAUCGGCAAAGUACUGAUACGUUGUAUUUGUUAUUAGUUUUCACCAUCUUGUCGUUUUAUGACAUUCCCCUUUUCUGCUGGCAGUUAUAUUAGGCCUUAAAUAGAUUACCUGUCAUAGAAUCGUUUUUUGAUUUGGUGGUUUUUCGUAAAAUAAAUUAUUUCUUAGUCAACAAAUAAUACUUUAUAAGUCAUAGAUGUUACAUGAAUACUUAAUAAUUCAAACUGUGCCCUAUUUUGAAGCUCGGUCGUAUCCUUAACAUAGUGUGACUUUCGAGGUUGCGGGAUGGGCGUAGCGGGCGCCACAGAGAUUUAAGUUCACAGUUUGUGACCUUUCAUGAGAUAGGUCACGAACUGUAUAUAUGAUUUUUCUUACACUGAUAGUAUGCAGCAUGGGGUUUGGAAACCCUAUGUACAAGCACAAAUGCAGGUUAAAAUUAUUUGGAAUACAAAUAAAUAUUUCAAAGCCGAAAACACCAUCUCUUCGAGCAAAAAUGCGAAGAUGUAAUUCUUUACUAAAUAAGUAUAAGAGUGCAUAUUUUCGUGUAUGCAUUCUAUAGAACAGAUUUUAAUGAAAAAGGAAGAGGUUCUUCGGAAAAAAAUCGAGUUGUACUCAUGAAUUUUCGAAUUGGUGACACCAACCCGUCGUCAGACGAAAUGAAGAUGAUGCAGGCUUGUGAGAAACGCGAAUACCGAACUGACUUAACUGACGGGCGAUCAUUUCUGAGGUCCCCUGCAUAUAGGGCAGGGAGAAGAAUUCCCGGGUCACGGUUUCUCCAUCUGAGGAGGGGUCUCGAGGCUGUGCCUGACGUCUGAGGCAGUUCUUCACGAAACUAACUGGGUAUCCGUUAGAUCGAAAUAGCCGAUAUAGAAAGCCUAGUUCUUUCUUCAGCAGAUCGUCAUUGCUGCAAUACCGGUAGGCCCGGUGGAAGAGGGUUCGGACGCAGCUUCUUUUGUGAGCCGCAGGGUGAUUGCUUCCAUAAUUGAGGAUGAUCUCAGAAUCAGACCCUUUUCUAUGGACGCCGGUUGCGAGGUUACCGUCAUCCAGCCUUUGUAUUUUCACGUCCAGAAACGACAGACUGUCUCCUACUGCCUCGCUGCGCACAGUCUUAACUCGAGUAAAGGCUUCUAUCCCCAAAGAGGAACAGACUAACGUCAUCUAUCGCAUCCCAUGUGCCAAUUGUCCCUGCGUAUAUGUUGGUCCUACAGGACGACGCCUGGGAACUCGUAUUAAUGAACACAAACUAGCUGUCCGUCGCCGUGAUCCACUGUCCCUCGUCUUUGCACACGCACUCCAGUGCGACCACCGUUUUAAUUGGGAUAUCACCGAGGUCAUCGCCACGGCGAGCGAGAGAAUUCCUAGAGGCAUGGCACUCUAACGCUGAUAGCAUCAACCGCCAUGUUGACCUAGACGCCUAUUAUGAGGGCCUAAGAUCACGCCUCACUAAGCCGAGCCCCACGCCGCAUCAGCAGUCGCUAAUCCAGGCGUCCGCAGUUCUGCCAACCUACCAUUCUCCCUCCCCUCCAACACGGGGAGCAGUAACGGUUCCCCCCCCUUCCUACCCUCCCGGCUCAGAACCCAGCAUGACUCCCUACCCGCAUCCCUCCUCACAUGCUAAUGGUUCGUCCGUCAAUGUUUCUCCUGUCUCGUCUAUUAGUCCAGUGUGACUGUCUCACUUUCUCUUUUCUCUUCAUUUCGUCUGUCAACGGGUUGGUGUCACCAAUUCAAAAAUUCACGAGUACAACUCGAUUUUUUCCGAAGAACCUCUUCCUUUUUCAUUAUAUCGUCUCGGAAUGCCUACCACUUCUACUCUACAACACAUUUUAAUAUAUAGAUGUGUCGACAAUCAUUAGGAAAUGUUCAUACUACUUCGUAGUCAUUUUUUACAGAAUGCGGUUUAUGUAGAUGGCUGGAAGGAGGCUUGUGCAAAAGCCAGUAUUCUGCUUUAACUAUAAUAUCUUGGGAUCAUAAUGGACAAUAGUUAGUCAGAAUUUCGAUUCACAUUUCGCGUAGAAAACAGAAGCAUCCAUCACCUGUACACGCCGCUGUGCCAUUACACUGUUUACUAGAUUGUCUGUCGUAGCAAAAAGUAACGGAAGGAUUUCUGUUAUACAGUGAUACAUGGAGUCGCAUUGCAAACAACACCUCCAAACAACACUCAUGAGCGGGCGUAAAAGUGGACAUAUCUCACUCGAUGCAUCAUCAGCCCACCCAGGACACCCAAAGUAAUCACAAUGCGACCAUUCCCGGCAAUUUCCACCUGGCGUAACGUAAGCAGGAGAAGGAGGAGCGCAAGGGGAGGUGAUUUGGUUGGUUGUUGGUAGGGUGGCUGUGGCUGCCAUCACCACCACCAUCACGACUGAUGUUGUUUUCACCAUAAUGAAAAUGGGACUGGUAAACACGCAUAAUCUGCAUGCCCUCAGAAUAGAACCGCCACCUUUUCCUGCUCUACAUUUGCAUGGCGAUUUUUUUAUAUGUGCGUCCAUUGGCCUAUUUUACCCGUUAUGCGCUGAUUUCCCCCUUCUUUAUUUAUCUGAACUGCAAUAAUGAUCAGAUGCCCAUUACGCUAGCAAUGUUUUGAAGGAAGUAAAAUCUGACUCGAAGUUUGCAAAUCCUUCAUCAACCAGUCUUCAUGAUAUCGACAGUUGCAGUUUUCGGCAGUGGGCACCUGGGAUUUUCUAUUAUGCUAUCUGUUUUGCAUACCCACUUUUAUUCACUAUGAAUGAAGACUUUUUUGCUUAAAGAUUUAGGAAUGUCAUUUUCAAAUUAAAGCACAUUCCUCAUUCUAUCUAACCAAUAAAGAGGCUGAAUCUUAUUUCUAAUUUGCCAACUUCAGUUGUGGAGCACACAUGUGAAACCAGUGAACUGGUUCAUGCAAAGGCUGGCAUUCUGACAUGACUGAACUGGCUCGGCUGCACGGUCUCGAGAGAAAAAUAGCUGCAUCUCUUGCGGGCAGUUCCAAUGAUGUCCACCGUUUGUCCCACAGUUGCAGCAGCAAUGGGAGCAGGAACAGUGACUUACGCAGGGCUUUAUAGUGCCGGUGGACUUGCGUAGCAUCUACCUACACUCUCUCCUCCUUCCUCGCCCAAGCCCUGUGUCAAGACAGAGUCAAGAAGACCGGAGACGAGGCAGACCGCAGGUGAAUGGCUCGGACGGAUAUUCGCCUUGGCGCUCCACUCCGCACCCCGUGGUCCACACACAAAUAACCAGGAUUUCAACCAACACAACAGAGAUUUGGAGGCUGGCACGGCCGAUGCCGCACCUAGGCGUGCCGCCAACGCCUGGCUCGGAUCCCACACUGUGAUGGGAGGGCCAUAAAGGCCACAUUAAAAAGGAGCCAUUGCAGCCUGACUCUCAGACCGCCUCCAGUCAAGGAGGAGGUCUAAGUUACCCCGUCAGUUGGAAACCUUCCACCACCACCACCAUUGAUGUUGUGGGAGGGGGCUGGGGCUGGUUGACACGCAAGAUCCGCACACUUACAGAAUUGUGCCGCCACUUAUUUCUGCUCUACGUCCACAUGUGCUGCACGAUCUCGAGAAGACGGCAGCUGCAUCUCUUGCAGGCUGUAUCUUCAGCCACAGAUAAAUAUGAGGAAAUCCCCAACAGACAAAGCCCUGCAUUAAUUAAUCUGGAAAUCUAACUUGCGUUCUUUCCAGGUGGAAGUAGACGUUUUCUGCUUGGGCGAAACAGGCAAGUUCCCUGUGCUGCAGUGUAUGACUGAGGACGUUGCAGUGAGGUCCUUUCUCUCCCACGGUAAUCUUUACAUUCAAUUCCGUGUACACGCCAGCGUCGUAUAGUCCCUUAUAGUACACGCGUUUAACCUUUCUGAUAAGACUCUGCACAACAUCUUCAAUUAUGAUAUGUCCAUCAGUCGUUGGACACUUCCUCAUCGCUGGGCGAGGGGGGCGGUAGUCUGAAAGGAAAGAUCAUGUGCCAGCGUGUACAAAAAGGGCAUUCCCAGCUGAAAAGAGGGACAGAGAAGAAAAGAAAGACAGGAUGACAGUUUAUGCCUACCAGUGGUUGUCCGAAAUUUUGAAAAGCAGCAUGAAACUGCCGUCGCACAGACCAACAGGACCAGCACCGUAGAAUGCAUUUCCUUGUCCGUCUCGUAGUCCUCUCUCUCUUUCUUUCCUUGAAUUUAUCGGCGACGUUAGCCAAUGACGCGUUCUAGAUUCCGUGGAGUCUGUCACGGGCCUUCUCAUUCGCCGAUCUGCAAGACGGCCCAUGAGAUGAACGAUCGCAGUUGACAGUCCUGAAGGCGCACUUCGGCAAAUUAUCUCCAGUGGUUUAGCAUUGGGUACUUUGUAGAACAAAGUCGUCCCCACCACAGAUGAGAAGGAGUCAUAAGAUGUGGAAAAAGGAUGAAUUGCGGUGUAGAAGUGGCUUUUCCGUACAUCCGUCGCAUGGAGCAAUUUAGAAGUACAAAUUAGAAGUACAUGCAAUUAAGUGAACGAUAGUCCACAUUUUCGCGUUCGUACGGGGACCCUUCUUCGGAAAUCAUGAUGGUGCAAAGACAGUCUGCGCGUUUGGAACUUAAAUGGAUGUUCAGCAUGAAUACAAACUGUCUAAGUGUCGAUGGGAUUAGUUGCAGCCAGACUGGCCUCGAAAAAAAUAGAUUCUGUGUAGGGAGAUAUUUCGACUAGUCUUAAGAUUUUAACUGUUUUAUUAGAACUGCUACUUCUAAUAGAAACGUUCUUACAAGAGCCGGACUGGACGUUUAUCUUCAGUUUUCCUUGUCCUUCAAAGGCACCUGGUACCGACCGAUUCAUUCAUCAUGGAAUGCGUCUGCAUAUAAUGAAAUUAAUUUCCUACAAUUUAUGGUACGAUGUUAAGUACUGUAGAAUUCUUGGUAAAUAAGGUCACGCGUAUAAGCCAAAACAGAUUUCGGUGUAUAUACUGUGUUCUUGAUAGAAUAAGGUAAUAAUUGAGAAAGUGCAAAGCUCAACAACGGAUACUUUAGACAAUUAAUUCCUUUGAUACUGUUCGAGCAAAUUAAAUUCCCAGCCCAAGUACAGAAUGCAAAAACUAGUUAAUUAGAAGAACGCCGACCACGCUUGAAAGAUGGUUACAAAAAGAGGGAAGGGGGAUGUCAACAGAGGUCAGAUGUGGAAGCACUUGCGUGGAGAAUUCCAAGCGUUGGCCAGAUGGAUACAAAAAUCAGCACAAGUAUACAUGAAAAAACUGCAUUAUCAGGGGAAGGAGAUGUAGUCGUUGGAGCAGGAAUUUUAUUGGCCGGACGUUUCGGAUUCUGUCUCACACUCAUCAUCAGAGACAGUCGAAGAUCUGCCUUUCCGGACUCCAUAUAUUUGCGUAAUGGCCAUUAGGCAGUUUCUUCUCAGAAAUAAAUUGUUGCUUAGUUGUUCUGAAGACGGAACACGGUAAAGGCAUUGAGCGCUGUGGCCUUGAACUGCAGAAUUCGCAACCGCCCCGCCAUUCUUACAGGUCGGCCUGCGUUCAUUUUUGGACGGCACCCACUCUCUGUGCUACUCCUAACCCCGACUCUAACGACAGAUGCCUAAAAUUUAGCGCGAUGCCACCUGUAAUGCGUGGUGUGUCUCCUCUCAGGUCCUGCGAGCCUACAUGACACAGACACUAACCGUUAGAACUGAAGCAGGACGGUUUCUGGUGCAAAAGAGAUGAGUAGUAUGUGGGUUUACAGCCGCACUUGGGGAACGUAAUCCUAGAAGCGACUAUCACCAUCUUGACAGUGACAAUCCAUUCUUUGGAUAGGAGCCAUCCAUUGUAUUUUAAAAAAGAUCUCCGCAGAGUUUUUACAUUUGUUUCAUGCGAAUGACAGCACAAACUUAAAUGACAGUAAUUUUAAAAGUUGGAGGACCUGUAAAAAGCGUUCUUGGUCGCAACACGUGCGCGUUGCCACCUCGCGUCCACUUUCUUGUUUGCAAGCCAUAUAAUUGACGAAUGCACCGCUGAAUGUUGAAAAAAGCUUUAAGUGUGCGAAUAAUUGAUGAUGACUAGAUUUUGAUGACUCCCAUGUCUCUGCAUCCUCCGAUCAUUCGCCCACAAUCUGGAUUCAUGGAAAUAAUUUUAAUAUAAACUAUAGUCAUAGUAAAAUCAAACUGUCCGAACUUUCUAUAACUUGUGCGAGAAACACUCUGUGUAGACCUACGUGAAUUUUGUUAUGUAUACCUAACCACGCCAAAUGGAAAUUUAUGCUAGAUUUUCCUUUUAAAGUUGGUGUCAACAUUGAUCAGUCAAAUGAUCCACAAGCUGCUGGUCGAAGGCUCAGAAAGUUGGAAGCCAGUUCUGUGACAUAAUGAGUUCGGAUGGCUAAGGAGGUAAGACCGCCUUUGCCUGUUCAAAAGCACUUUUUCGAUCAAUGAUCAGUUUUAGCAACGACUCAUUCCAACUUAUCGACAAAGAGGACUUAGAAUCGUAGCGAAUAAAGGGGGUAACUAACUCAAAGAAUGAAAACAAUUGGCUAGCAUCAUUAGGGCUCAGCUCCGCUUUCAAGGCCCUGAGAUCAUUUUCGAGUGAAUAGAUGUCAGUUUUAUCCACCUUGAAGACCAAAUGUGCCACAGAGUCGGCAAGGAGGGUGCUUUUAUCUUUCUGGAGUUUAAAAACUGCGCCUUUUAAACGUGCUAACACGACGUUGAGAGUUUUCAGCUAAUGGGUCCUGAUGAGUUGGCUACUUAUUUAUCGUCAGGAUAUGUGCGUUAAGCUGAGAUACGUCCUUCACGAGGCUAUCAGUCAAGCAUUGAAAUGAACCGGGAGCAGAAUUUACUCCAAAUAGCAGUGCCAUGUAUCGAAACGAACCGCGAUGCUUUGUGAUGUCUCAGGACCUGAACGACGUUCUCUUGCGCGUACAUGAUUGACUUUCUCUACAUAAUAGCGGCCGCUUUUGCUUGUGCUAAAAGACACUGAACCAGCAGAUAAGGGUGGUUCGAUAAGCCCGUGUAAAUCAAGCGAAAGAUAUUGCAGGGGUCCACAAGAUGCACAGAAUCGACAUUCUGUGCGAGCAUUGCGCUGUAUUUUCUCCUGACUUCACAUUUUCCCGGCCAUUGCAGGAGGGGUUCUUGUAUCCGUUUGGGUUUGUGCCGAUUUAUGAGAUCAAUAUAUCUUGCUUUACAGGAGCAAAUUAACGAGCUACUGGACCACUGAGCUGGUUUGAAAAGGGCAAUCUAUCCUUGCCUUCUUCGCGUAAAACAGCAAUAAUAGAGGACAUUUUUCGAACUCUUGCUUCUGUAAAGAUUCGUGGAACAGCAUGCAUAUGACAUCUUCUAAAGAGUUCACUCGCGGCAUACACUUAUAAAUGGGACUUUCAUGCACAAAGUUUUCCUUGCAGCAGUCAAUUUGGUGGGUUUUUCGAUCUUGCGGUAGUGUUAUUUGCAAGAAAACAGUUAUUCAACUAGUCCGGAAUCUUUGAAUCUUCUCUGUGAAAUUACUCAGAUAACAGGUGGUAUCCUUAAAGUGAAAAAACAAAUGAUCUAUCCAAACACAGGCUGGUUAUUUCCCAUUUGACAGAAUUUACGAACAUCCGCGCUUAUAAAGAACGAUUUUGCCAAAUUAAACUGAAUGGCCAAAUAAAAUCUAUAAACAGCCUCUUAUUUGUGAAGAAACUUUACUUAGAUCGGAUCAGUCCUGUAAAUUCAACUGAUCUCUUGGUUCAAGCAGACAACUAUUAAUCAUCUUUUAUUAGCACGAAGUGCGCAUACCGGAAUGAAAAACUCACUAGGGCCAAUAUAUUUAAGGAUGGAUUUUUUUAGAAUGGCGAUUAUGAGUUUAAGGUUUUACUUCUGUUUACUCAAAAAAGGCUGUUAAGAUUUUGAGUUCGUAUUUUUUUAACAUAAAAAAUGGUACCACUGUUUUAUUGGAUUCGAUUGUGUAGAACAAUUUGCAUGCAAUAUGACUCGUGUUCUCCGAUAAAUUUGUUAGCACCAAAGGUGUGUUUUAAAAACGUUGUCACGUAGAAUAUCAUUCGGCUUAUGUAUAAAUAACCUCCAUCAGGCCUUUUUUUCUUGACCAACGCUCCUGCCGUUAGCUCUUCUAUAUCAUGGUACAGAGCCGUUGAAAUUUCAAAAACGCGGUUUUUUUCUUCGUCAUUUAUUGAAGAGUCAGAUUAUGCAUAGCAAAGGGCACUAAGUGGUUAAUUCGCUUUAUGCGGCGAUAGUAGUAACGCAAUGCAUUUGCUGCAAUUAACAACUAACCUGCUAACUAAAUUGGCUCAAAAACAAUAUGAUAAUGUGGUAUGGUAAAUGCGUGAUUGAAAUGAGUGUUGAGUUCAGCUCACUGUUAUAAUGAAAAACAUAUAUGAAGUCCUUUGACAUCACUGCCGGUUUCGAACUGUCUGAGAAAAAGGAUCGCUCAGGAGAGAAAUUCGAGACAGCGAUUGCUUACAUAGUUGCAUGCGGGCAAUGGAUAGCUUUGUGUUUCUAGAAACAGACUUAACAUAACGCCUACUCACAUAAUGUAAGUAGUACAGUCAUUCGUGAUUUGAAGACCGGACAUGUGGGUGUCUGCGUGGCCGGUAACUAAGGGGCAUGAUGUGUGCCGAGUUUGCACUUAAAUGAAUCCAUACAGGGACGUUUCACGCCACAGUCACUCUGCCACUAAAGAAAAAUGCGUGUCCAGCAAUUCUUGGAUCGAUUUUCCUCGCCGUCCUCUGGAGCUUCACUUAUGUGGUACAGUGCUUGACGGCAGAGGAUCUCCCUGCGUGGAUGUAGUUCUUUAUAUUUUGGAAAAGUCGCCUUUGCCAAAUCUCAUAAAGGCGUCAUCUGAUCAGGUGCAAUACUUGUGCAGCAAACACGGCCGCCUUCCUGCAGUGCAAUUUGGGUUUCAAUGAAGAUGCAAAUCACACAUCAACGUCUUUAUGACUGACAAUUUCUGCAGGGAUAUAUCGUUUAAAAAGUAAUUUCUCUGGCUGGAGGCUCUGAGAGUGACAAGGUGAAGGGUGGUCCACGUUCUUGUACUGAAGUGCAUAAGCUCGUUCUAUUAAUGAACUACGUAUAGAAGCUAGAUCGCACGACAAGCAGUGUUUCAUAUGUUCAAAACUGAGAAUGACUAUUCGGUGGUGGUCAUUUGUGACAGUUUUCAUGCCUGCCGCGCUCGCACAAAGCCUAAUCAUGAAAUGUUAAACGGACAACAGUAAAGCUGUGAUAUGAAGGACCAAGGGUCAGUCGGGACCCGGAUGCCCUUGCAUCAUAUAACCGAUUUGCAUCGACUAAGAAGGUGAGGGCGCGUGCUCAGGGCGCUACGAUGAUCAAAUCGAAUCUCAAAGUGUAAGGAGAGGACCAAAAUGAAAGAAGAUUUUAGUGCAGAACCCACGGUUGUCAUCCCGGACACAGUGGUCACUGGCUUUGCCAGUGGCCGGUGUUGACUGCGUCCAAAUAUGCCUGAGAGAGAGAGAGAGGUGGCAGCCGCUUUCGUAGGCUCGUGGGCCAAGUUCUAGUGUUCUCAAGUCCGUGUGUGUUGCAUUUGCCAAGGGGUGAUGACUCAGUGGCUUACGUUGCUGGUUGCAGGUGUGUGGCGCUCUCAAGUGACCGCAUGGGUAGCUGCAAUUGCAUGGGCGCGGCCAUAUGCGAGUUGAAAUCGGUCGAGUGGCUUCAGUUCAGUGCUUUGAAACGUAUGACUGCAAAGGGUGAAUGACCUUGAGGCAGAGAGGCCUUGGAAAAUGACACCAGACUGGCCAUGAUGGCCCUACGAAACAAGGAUUUGUCCGAGUCACGUGGACUGGGACUGAGAAGGGAGAGUGUACCCAGCAAACGCGGAGAAUGAUAUUAAACGUUACUUACGCCAGAAUGCCAUAAAGACCGAGCUUAGAAUGUAAAAUGUCCCCUUGUUUUCAGUCCUGUAAAGGACUGUUCUAUUCAACUGUUUGGCAGCUCCCCGAACCACGGCGUUUAUGGCGUCAUGAUGUGCGGAAUCACUUCAGUUCUAUCAUAGUACUAGCCGGGCCCGGCCACGCAUAGCUGUGGCUCUGGUGAAUUCAAAAUUUCUGUUGGAUAAUUACCCUGCCUCGUCUGCUUCCCCAACAGUGUCGACGGACGUAUUUGUGACUGCCUUGCUUUGAAGCUUAGACUGAAUAAUAUGGUUAAGACGGUACAUGUUCCCAACAGAGAAAAAUGUAAGGGCCACCGGUUGGCGGUAUGUAUUGUGUGUGAAACCCAGGAUUGUCCUUCUAGCCGCUGCCAAAGACAGGACAGUUUUUUGUUACACUCAGUUGCGCUCAAGAAUUCUGAAGUCGUUACGGCGGACAUUUAUUUUGCCCACUGGUGUCAAUCGAGGGAUUACAGGCAGUAUUUGCCUAAAGUCUUCGUCAAACAGUUCCAGUUCAUCUUGAAAUGGUCUGCUGCUUCCUCAAAAAUCCUGCAGUGUUCGAUCAAGGGCCUCGAACGCUUUUUUGUCCGCCAUUGUUCAUUCAUCCUUUACAAUAAGUUUGCAUUUGUGCAGUAAUUUUCCCAUACCGGGUGCCUCAGACAUAUAAGACGUAGGAGUUUCAACAAAUCGCACUUUCAACGGCUAUUUCGCAGCGGAAUGAGUCGUCCUGCCGGGGGUAGCAAGGUCACAGCUAUUCGGACCGAUACAAGAGAUAUUGCUGUGUCAUUUUUGUGAUCGAGUUGCUGCCAGAACCAGCUAUUGUCGACAACGGCGUCAGGCAAUUCAGCGCAUAUUGCAUCGGCGAUUUCGUUGUAGGUGAUUUUGUUAUAGAGCCAGAUCCUGACGUAUUCGUGGGAUAGUCCCCUCUUUUGCCAUUCCCUCUAAUACAUCCGGCAGCGCUCAGACCCUAACAUUUCGUGUUUCACCAUUAAGUUCGUCACCGAUUUCGGUUUCUACCUGAAAACACGUGCUGUCAUGUCAUACCUAUUCACCGUCGGUGAAGUCCCAGUCUCCCAGUCCGCAACGCGGCCGCACAACCUCCCCCUAUGUGUCCUCGAUGUCAACGGACAUUCCGGGCACGAAUCGGACUUGUUGGACAUCUCCGAACCAACUGCAUCUCUCGAACUGCUCCAGCCAUCGUCCCCCCGCCCGCCUCUUCCUCGUCCUCUCUUCCGCCAACUAACUCUGACACUCCUUCUGCACCACCACUUCCAUCCUCCUCCUUCUCCUCCACUGCCCCAGCGGUGGCCCUUCAGGCUGCCGUCUCACAUAUCGCCAACCACGACACAACAACCGCAACCACCCCACCCCUCCCGAUUCCAGUGA